AUGGCUCCCAACAAGCAGGCCACUCUCGGGAAGUUCUUUGGAGCACCGGGCAACGCGCCGCAACAGCAGUCCAAGCUGUCCUUUGCGACAAAGGCGGCGACCAGCAAUGGCGACGGAAGCAGCUCGUCAAAGGAGAACGUGACGCCUGAGAAGGACAAGAAGAAGCGCCUGUCAGACGACGACGAAGCUGGGCCCAAGGACGAGUCAGACGCCGAAAGCAUCGGACAGCCAGCCGCCAAGAGGGCGCGUAAGAACCGCCGCGUUGUGGAAGAGGACGAAGAGGACGAAGAGGACGACGUCGCGCCAAUAAUCAAAAAGGAGAAGGUUGUGACGCCGAAAAAGGACAAGCAUGCCGCCAUGACCGAUGCGGCUCCGAACGCUACAAAGUCAAGAUCACCACCACCGGCUGCCAAGCCCAAGGCUACGGCCGCUGCUGUCAAGAAGGAGGCCAUGGACGACGAUGACGAGGAGAAGGCGGCAUCUUCGGUGUCUGAGGAGUCCAGUUCCGACGUUGACGAGGAGGACGAGGAGGACGUAAAACCCGAAGUCGCCGCCAAGGUGCGCAAGACGAUCCAGACUGUGCUGUCUACACCCAAAACAGAUGCCUUUCCCGACUGGAAGGCCGGCGAGCCCGUGCCCUACGAGGCGCUGUGCCGCACCUUUUCGCUCAUUGAGCUCACGACCAAGCGCCUCAUCAUCAUGGAGUACUGCUCGCUGUUCUUGCGCCAGGUGCUGCGCCUCACGCCCGGUGACAUGCUGCCCACUGUGCUGCUCAUGAUCAACAAGCUGGCGCCCGACUACUCGGGCAUCGAGCUCGGCAUCGGCGAGUCGCUCAUCAUGAAGGCCAUUGGCGAGUCCACCGGUCGUAGCUUGGCCGUCAUCAAGCAGGACCAAAAGGAGAUUGGCGACCUGGGCCUGGUCGCGGUCAAGUCGCGGUCGACGCAGCCGACCAUGUUCAAGCCCAAACCGCUGACCAUCCAGGGCGUGCACAAGGGCCUGAUGGGCAUUGCCACGGUUUCCGGCAACGGUGCCCAGCAGCGCAAGGUGGACGGCAUCAAGAAGCUGCUCUCGGCCGCCGAUGCACGGAGCCAGGGCCGCGUCGACAUCACCAAGGACAAGGGCGGGCCGAGCGAGGCCAAGUACCUGGUGCGCUUCCUCGAGGGCAAGCUGCGCCUGGGCCUGGCGGAGCGCACGGUGCUGGUGUCCCUAGCCCAGGCCGUCAUCCACCACGAGGCGCAGGUCGCGGGCAAGACGGCGUCGCCGUCGGACGUCGAAAAGGCGGAGGCCAUGCUGAAGUCGGUGUACAGCGAGCUGCCGAGCUACGAUAUUAUUGUACCGGCGAUGCUGGAGCACGGAAUCAUGCACCUCAAGGAGAACUGCAAGCUGCGGCCCGGCAUCCCGCUCAAGCCCAUGCUGGCAAAGCCGACCAAGGCCAUUACGGAGGUGCUCGACCGCUUCGAGGACCAGACAUUUACGUGCGAGUACAAGUACGACGGCGAGCGCGCGCAGAUCCACUACGUGGCCAAGGAGGGCUCUUCGUCGUCCGCGGCGGCGUUGCCCACGACGGCCACGACGACGGCCAACGCGGCGCAAGGCCUGACGGCCAUCUUCUCGCGCAAUUCGGAGGACCUGUCGAAAAAGUACCCGGACAUUCUGGCCAAGCUGCACACGUGGGUCAAACCCGAGACCAAGAGCUUUGUGCUGGACUGCGAGACGGUCGCGUGGGACGUGGAGGAGCGCAAGGUGCUGCCGUUCCAGCAGCUGAUGACGCGCAAGCGCAAGGACGUCAAGAUCGAGGACGUCAAGGUCAAGGUGUGCGUGUUUGCGUUUGACCUGCUGUACCUCAACGGGGCGGCCAUUGUGGAGCAGCCGCUGCGGGCGCGCCGGGCGCAGCUGGUGGAGGCGUUUUUCCCCGUCGAGGGCGAAUUUGCGUUUGCGACGCACAUGGACGGCCAGGAGCUGGAUGCGAUCCAGACGUUCCUGGACGAGAGCAUGAAGGCGUCGUGCGAGGGCCUGAUGGUCAAGAUGCUGGACGGCGCCGAGAGCGGGUACGAGCCCAGCAAGCGGUCGCGCAACUGGCUCAAGAUCAAAAAGGACUACCUGUCGGGCGUCGGCGACUCCCUGGACCUCGUGGUGCUGGGCGCGUACUACGGCAAAGGCAAGCGCACGUCGGUGUACGGCGCCUUUUUGCUGGCAUGCCACAACCCCAGCAACGACACAUACGAGACGGUGUGCAACAUUGGCACGGGCUUCAGCGAGGCGGUGCUCGAAGAGCUGCACACGCAGCUGAGCGCGAUUGUGAUUGACCGGCCGAAGCCGUUCUACGCGCACAGCACGGGCGGGCAGCACCAGCCGGACGUGUGGUUCGAGCCGCGGUACGUGUGGGAGGUGAAGACGGCGGACCUGACGCUGAGCCCGCGGUACAAGGCGGGCAGCCACGAGGGCGUGGACAGCUCGGGCGAGCGGCGCGGCAUCAGCUUGCGGUUCCCACGCUUCAUCCGGAUCCGCGACGACAAGAAGCCGUCGGAGGCGACGUCGUCGCGGCAAGUCGCGGAAAUGUACCGCAAGCAAGAGAGCGUGGCCAAGAGCAAGGGCCCGGCGGUCGACGACGACUUUGAAUACUAG